AUGGCAUUCAAAUUCUUCACCUUGAGUCUGCUUAGUGGUAUCAUUGUGGCCUCGGGAUCAAAUCAAACACGUCAUAAUCCCGCUCUACCCGGAUGGCAUAGUGAUCCCAGCUGUGUCUUCGUGCCAGAUUGGGAUAACACUACUUUUGGCGUCGCAUCGACCUUUCUCUUAACGCCUGGCCUACCUACUUACGCUUCGAAAGACAACACCAACUUCAAAUUAGCCAGUCAUGCCUUAUCACGCAAAGACCAGUACCCGGAAUUCGAUCAAUCUAUCACAAUGAAUGAUGGCAUCUGGGCGCCAACUAUACGUUACCACAACGGGACCUUUUACAUCAUAACCAUCUACAGAAACAAUCUGCUCCCUGCUGGGUCUGAUCAAGGUCUCAUCUUCAAGACAAUCAAUCCUUACGACGAUAAUGCUUGGAGUGAUCCUGUACGUUAUAAUGCGAAAUCCAUCGACCCAGAUCUGUUCUGGGACGACGACGGUACUGCGUACAUUGCCAGUGCAGGAACAUAUCUCCAGACUGUCGACCUUGAGUCCGGUGCCUUUGGUGAGGCGAAAUCGAUAUGGUAUGGUACUGGCGAAGGGUUUUCCGAGGGCCCACAUCUGUACAGAAAAGACGGAUUUUAUUAUCUUAUGACUGCAGAAGGAGGAUCUGGCUUGAAUCAUUCUGUGGUCAUCGCUCGGUCAAACGCUAUCUUCGGCCCGUACGAGGGUUUCGAAGGCAACCCGAUUCUUACCAACCGAGGCUCAGAUGAAUACUUCCAGAACAUCGGUCAUGCUGACCUCUUCCACGAUGCACGAGGGCAGUGGUGGUCGACCGCAUUGGCCUGGCGCUCAGGUCCGGAAGGUAAAACAUAUCCAAUGGGAAGAGAGAUGGUUUUGACAAACGUUACAUGGAACGACGGUGAAUGGCCAAUCAUUGAACCAGUUCGUGGAACCCAGGCAGGAUGGUAUCUCGAGCCACCAAACAACAUUUCCGGCCCAAACGCAUUCAUAACUGACCCAGAUAUCAUCGAUUUUGAACCGAACUCCACUCUGCCGGCUCAUUUUGGCUUUUGGUGCUGGCCAGAACAGGAAUCCUACGAGAUCUCUUCACCCGGUCAUCCUGGAACUCUUCAACUUAAGCCGUCAUUCGCAAGCAUCACAGCAGGUUACAAGAACUACACCGCCGGUUACGACCUCGGAAAUUACACAUUGGUUAUGCGCCGUCAGACACAUACCGUCUUCCAGUUCAGUGCUGACGUUGAUUUUACGCCAGUGUCGCAGGAUGAAGAGGUCGGCGUCACUGUGUUCCUCAACCAGGUCCAGAACAUCAAUUUGGGAAUCGUCAUGCUCCCUAAGCAAACUUAUCCAGGCUCAAACUCUACCUCAAUAAAGGAGCUAUCUAAAGAGUGCUAUCUACCUAUACAGGAGACGGUUUCAGGUACGUGGAUUAUUACCGUAUGA